UAUCCAAAACCUUAGUUGAACGCAUCAUUUCUAUCGUUUAUGUGUUCACCGGCAGACCGUGAAGGCGGCCCUGCUGUGAUUGGUCCGUUUUCCGCUGUUUUUACCACGUGGUACGGAACAUGGCCGCCACCGAGCGAAGUAAAGAUGGUAAGGACAGCAUCCUGGAGCCACUGUGUUUUCCAGAGCAGCCGGUCCACAGCUCCAGUGCUCCUGCUCUUACCAGUGUUGAGCUCCUGGUCUGCCUCUUGUGUUCCGAGUCCGUCCCUCCGCUGCAGAAAGACAAUCUCCUCAAACACCUGCUGCUGGAACACAGGCUGGUUAUUGCUGAUGUCAAACUCAUCGCAGACCUCCCAAAGUACAUGUUGUACUGGAAGGGCAGAUUCCUGGAGCAGCCAGUGACAGAUUUCUGCAGUGUGAUCAAGACCAAUUCCACUGGGCCAGCUGAAAAACAGGAGGACUACUUCCUGCUGUGUGAUGUCCUUCCAGAGGACCGACUCCUCAGAGAGAAGCUCCAGCAGAAACGACUGGAGGAGGUGUUAGAGCAGCAGCAGAAGGAACGAGACGAAGGCAGCUUCCAUCGUCUCUGCAUGUUCUGCAGUGAAGAGUUCACUGGAAACAGGUCAUCCCUGUUGAACCACAUGGCCAGAGAACAUUCCUUCAGCAUUGGGCUGCCAGACAACAUCGUCUACUGCAAUGAGUUCCUAGACACACUGGAGAACAAACUGGACAAUCUGCAGUGUUUGUAUUGUGAAAAAACCUUUCGAGAUAAAACCACACUGAAGGAUCACAUGAGGAAAAAAUCUCACCGUCGAAUCAACGCCAACAACCACGAAUACGACCGCUUCUACGUCAUAAACUAUCUGGAACUGGGAAAAACCUGGGAGGAGGUACAGAGUGAAGAUGACCGUGAGCUGGUAGAUGAUGAGGAUGAUGAUUGGUCAGACUGGCAGGCUCAUCCAGUCUCUGCUGUGUGUCUGUUCUGUGAUCACCAGUCAGAGACGAUGGACCAGAUCUACACACACAUGAAGGAAGCCCAUGGCUUUGAUCUCCAUAACCUGAAGACAGAACUCAACCUCAAGUUCUUCCAGCAGGUCAAACUGGUGAACUUCAUCCGGCGGCAGAUCCACCAGAGCCGUUGCUAUGGCUGCCAGGAGAAGUUUGAAUCCAGAGCUGAGGUUCUGCGUCACAUUGUGGCUGAAGGUCACGUAAUGAAACUGCCAGAGAUGUCCACCUGGGAUCAGCCACAGUAUUACUUCCCCACAUACGAGAAUGAUGCACUUCUGUGUACAUUAUCUGACAGCGAUGAAAGUGAUGAGACACAUCACAGUGAGGACAUCCCGGUCAUCGCAGAGGACAUCUCCAAUCUCAGAGCGCUACAACAGACCAGUGUUCUAAACCAGCUGCUGAAGAAAAGACAUUGAUGGACAGAUGAUUUCUUUUGAAAGCUUCCUCCUCUCGUCAGAUUGCCUGUACUUCCAGACAACAUUUUUAUCUGCAAACAAUAAAGCAGAUAUUUUGUACUCUCUGGAGAAAAACAUUAUGCAGUCUGAACAUGCACUUUGAAAGCCUAUCAGAACCAAGAGGUGCAGUUACUCAUUUACAUUCAAGUAAUAAUGACAUAAACAUCCACAUAUCUUGAACAUCGACUUUAUUAUUCAAAAUAAAAACUGUUCUCCCUUGUACGUAUUAUAAAUAGUAGUCUCUCUGAUUACAGGUGCAAAAUUCUUGAUCGCUGCAAUGGAGACAAAACACUCAAACCUUGUUUAAAAAGUACCCAGCUGUGACUGUUCACAUUAAAUAUAUAGAUGAUUAAAGAACAGUAAGCAUCUCA